UGUUUCUAUUUCCGAUAGUCCGAGUAGUAACUUAUUUACAGUAUUGCUACACAUAAUCUUUAUAAUAUCUUCCAAGUUCCAAGCGAUCAAUCUGCUUAUUUUUGUUUUGAUGUUUUAUUAUUCGGCUAUAAUUAAACACAAAAUACAUAAUAUUGUGAUUCAUUUUUUAAUAUAAUUUUUAAAUAGAAUACUUUUUCUUAUUAAGUAUACACUGUUCACCAAAAAGGAUCUAUUCGCAUAAAAACACUGAUCCUUGGUACAAUGAUGACAUGUUAACCACCAACGAAUUGUUUUUACUAGCACUAUUAGCUAAAAACUCUUCACUUGACAGUGGUCAAUGGGCCGCGAUUUUGCUGUUGUUAAGUCAAAAUCAUCUUCUAUCUGAAUGUAGUUCCUCAUCGUCAUCAUCACAUCAGUCGAUGGAACAACGUCCAUACUUUGGCCAGCGGGACGGUCACAUUAGAGAUGCAUUACUCGAAAAAGAGCUGGAAUGGUUGGCCAAGGAAGACCGCGGUAAAAGAUUACGGGUCGAUAGACAAACAUUUCACAAGUUAUUGGCAAAGUUGCACCCAUACAUGGCUAAAGUUAAAAAUGGAUUAAAAGUGAGUGCCGCCAGACGUUUAACAGCAACACUUAGAUUUCUCGGUACCAGCUCUACACUACAAGAAAUUAAGGUUGACACCCACAUAUCACCUCAAAUGUUAGCAAAGAUCAUUGUAGAAACUUGUGACUGUAUUAUAGAAGCACUCAAAGACUACAUUAAGUGUCCUCAAACAGAAGAAGAAUGGAUGCGAGUAUCAACAACUUUUGAACGUACUACAAGGUUCCCGUCAUGUUUAGGCGCUGCAUGUGCACGUCAUAUUGAACUUCGCAAGGCAUCUAAAGCAGAUUCUGAUUAUCUUAAUGAACGUCGUCGACCCAGUGUCUUAUUAACAGCUGUAGUAGAUUCCAAUUAUGAGUUCCUUGUAGUAGACACGUGUCCAAGUGGGCAUCUUUCUGAAGAUAAUCCACCAAAUAGAAUUUUAGAACGCAAAUUGAGAACGACAAAGUUACCAUGUCAACUUAACUCUAAUCAGUUACCUUAUGUAUUCGUAGCUGAUGAAAGUUUUAAACUUCAGGAAAAUUUUAUGGUGCCCUACAGAGCAGUGAAUGAUAAAGGUGGCGAGGCUAAUAAGCUAUUUAAUAGACAAUUAGUCAGGGCCAAUCAAAGGGCUGCAAAAACUCUGGCCAUUAUGGCAUGGAGGUUUGGUGUACUCCAGACACCUGUUAACUUAGAAGCAAAAAAAGUACAAACCAUUGUUAAGGCCUGCUGUUAUCUUCACAAUUUUUUUAAGCGUGAAAGUGCUUAUUAUAUAGACAGUAACAUGGAAGCUGUUAUCAAAGCAGAUAUGGCUCCAAUUGUUUGGGGUCCAAAUACUACGGUUAUACCGCACAUUAAUAAUUGUGAUAGCGACCCACAAUAUGUAAGGGAUAGUUUUUCAAAAUUUUUAUAUACACUAUCUAAACACCAAACCCGUGUCUGUAAAUAAUUCACAUUCAUAAAACCUUUCAGUUGGUUUCUGUGGUUGAUUUCUCUAUUUAGUAUUAAAAUCUUAUGAUUUCAUGUUAAUAUCAACAUGAAAACAUAGUACUGAAUACUGAUUAUUUUAUACUAGUCUAUUUGAAACUAUUUGUGUAAUGUAGGUAUACUUGAUGUAAAAUGUUAAAACCUCGGCUAUAUACAAUAAUUAAUUAAUUGGAUAAAUUGAAAUUAAGUUGGUUCAAAAUUAAAUUAAUAAAUAUGAAAAGAAAUAUAGAUAAGAAAAUAACUUUAAAACUGUUAAUGGUAUUGUUUGUUUAAUUGACUUCUCGUGCACAAUUAUAAAUAUAAUACUAGGUUUUAAUGACUGAAAUGAUUAACUGGUUAUACAUUGGAGGUCUUCCAAAAUCCACUCUCGCCAAUUUUUAAACCUUGUUGUACUAUUUGUACUAAUAAACACUGUUAUUUAUUUUUUUUUUUUUACCAUAAAAUGUACCAAUAUUAAUUACAGGGUGUGCUGGUUUGUUCAGUAUAAUAAAAUAUGUUUAUAAGAGUAA